AGAGCCGCCGGUGUCCCAACGCCCCGAUUUCUAAUUCCGGAUUCAUUAAGUUUUUAUACCAAAAAAAGUUUAUUGACAUCAGUGAACUUUUACCAUUUAGUCAAAGAUGGCACCACCAGUAAUGGCUGAGGACAGGCUGACGUCAGGGCACCGGCUAUCGCAUCCCCCACCCGGAGACGAGAUCCUUAUUAGCGGCGUCUCCGGGUACUUCCCUGACUCUGAUUCCGUCGUCGAUCUGAAAGAAAACCUGUUUAAUAAGGUGGAUCUUAUUUCCGGGGACGAUCGUAGAUGGAAACUAGCCCAUCCCGAGAUCCCGCAGCGUACAGGCAAGAUCAACAAUGUCAACAAAUUCGAUGCUUCGUUCUUCGGAGUGCAUUAUAAACAGGCCCAUACUAUGGAUCCUAUGUGCAGAAUUCUGCUUGAGAAGGCUUAUGAAGCCGUUAUUGAUGCUGGUGUUAACCCAAAAGAGCUUCGUAACACCAAAACCGGUGUAUUCGUGGGGGCUUGCUUCUCUGAAUCCGAGAAGACAUGGUUCUACGAGAAAAUGCAGGUCAACGGCUUUGGUAUCACUGGAUGUUCCCGCGCCAUGUUAGCAAACCGCAUUUCAUACUGGCUAGGAGUGACUGGACCGUCUUACACUGUAGACUCAGCGUGCUCAAGCUCUCUCUACGCCUUGGAACAUGCUUUCAGGUCAAUCAGAGAUGGACAUUGUGACGCUGCAAUUGUCGGAGGAUCGAAUUUGUGUUUACAUCCUUAUGUGUCACUCCAGUUCUCUAGAUUGGGAGUAUUGUCCCCCGACGGUCGAUGCAAGAGUUUCGACAACAGUGCCAACGGAUAUGCUCGCUCUGAAGCUAUUGUCGUCUGCUUCUUGCAGAAAGCCAAAGACUCAAGGAGAGUAUAUGCCCAACUUCUCCACGCCAAAACCAACUGCGAUGGUUACAAAGAACAGGGUAUCACGUAUCCUGCCGGCCACAUCCAGAAAUUGCUUCUCAGUGAGUUCUACGAGGAGUGCUCCAUCUCAGCAAAUACUUUGGAAUUUGUUGAAGCUCACGGCACAGGUACAAGAGUAGGUGACCCCGAGGAGUUGGUGGCCAUCGACGAAAUCUUCUGCACGGGUCGAUCAGAACCUUUGAAAAUAGGGUCAGUCAAAUCUAACCUGGGACACAGUGAGCCUGCGUCUGGAUUAUGCUCUGUUGCCAAGCUCUGCAUAGCCUACGGCACAGGUUACCUUCCACCCAAUCUACACUACAAGAUUCCUCGUGAAGGCGUUGCUGCACUAGCCGAAGGUAGACUCGAAGUAGUCACUGAAAAGACGCCUUGGAAUAGUGGCAUGUCCGGCAUUAACAGUUUCGGGUUCGGUGGUGCCAAUGCUCACGUUUUGUUGAAGAAUGUCUCUAAGCCAAAGGUAAACAACGGUAUCCCAGCUGAUGACUUACCUCGCCUAGUAUGUGCUUCUGGACGUACUGAGUCCGCCGUUGCUAAGAUAUUGGAUGAUUUAGAGUCCAGAACUGUUGAUGUGGAACUUGUAAGGUUGUGGCAUGCAGUUCAUGAUGAAGAUAUUGGUGGCCAUGUUGUUAGAGGAUACACGCUGCUCGGCUCUACCCCAACCAAAAGCGUCCAAUUGUCCCGCGACAUCCAAUAUUUCUCGGGCGUCCAUCGACCUGUCUGGUUCGUGUACUCGGGCAUGGGCUCGCAAUGGGCUGGUAUGGCAACUCAACUCAUGAGGAUCCCAGUUUUUGCUGCAGCUAUUGAGAAGUGCCACAAAGCUCUAGAACCUAAAGGCUUAAAUUUGACCAAGCUUAUUACAACUCCUGACCCAAAGAUUUAUGACAACAUCCUCCACUCUUUUGUCGGAAUUGCCGCUGUUCAGAUCGGUCUCACUGAUGUCCUAAAGACUAUCGGCAUUGAACCUGAUUACAUCAUUGGUCACAGUGUCGGCGAGCUAGGUUGCGCGUACGCCGAUGGCUGCUUUACAGCCGAGCAAAUGAUCCUUUCUGCGUACAGUAGAGGUCUAGCUUCCAUCGAGACUCCAUUCAUCAAGGGAUCUAUGGCUGCUGUCGGUCUUGGUUAUACUCAGGUGAAGACCAUGUGUCCACCAGAAAUCGAAGUGGCUUGCCAUAAUGGGCCAGGCUCCAGCACCAUCUCAGGUCCUGCUGACAUCAUGAAGAGCUUUGUGGAGAAGCUGACUGCCCAGAAUAUUUUCGCCAAGGAGGUGCCUUGCUCUAACAUUGCGUAUCAUUCAAGAUACAUUGCUGAAGCUGGUCCCAGGCUACUGAAAUACCUAAAGGAAGUGAUACCAUCACCUAAGCAACGCUCUGAGCGCUGGGUGUCCACCUCCGUGCCACAAUCUCUGUGGAAGGAUGCUAAGGCUGAACUGUCUUCUGCUGAGUACCACACUAACAACCUACUUAGUGCAGUCCUCUUUGAAGAGACCUCCCGGCUGAUCCACCCGAACGCGAUCACAAUCGAAAUUGCACCGCACGGCCUUCUCCAAGCCAUCCUGCGUCGCUCAUUGAAGAAGGACGUAAUCAACAUCCCGCUAACUCAGAAAGGACAUGAAGACAAUGUCCAAGUGCUAUUUAAUGCUAUUGGAAAAUUAUACGAGUCAGGGUUGAAUCCCCGCUUGGCAAAUAUCUACCCACAUGUGCCCUUCCCGGUGUCCGUAUCAACGCCCAUGAUGGCGCACUUGGUCGAAUGGGAGCAUAGUGAAGAUUGGUAUGUAACGUCAUACAAAGCUCAAGAGAAGAUGAAGUCUGGAGAAAGAACCGUUAGAAUGUCUAUUGUAGAUGAAGACAGCGAGUACAUGGCCGGACACGUUGUUGAUGGUCGUAACCUUUACCCUGCCACCGGUUACCUCGUUCUGGUCUGGGAAACCCUAGGUAUGAUGAUGGGAGAGCUUUUCACAGAAAUCUCAGUAGUCUUUGAAAACGUCCGUUUCGAAAGAGCUACAAACAUCCCCAAGGAUGGAAAUUUGGAAUUCAUCGUCAUGAUUCAGAAAGGCAGUGGUAACUUUGAGAUCGUAGAAAGUGGGGCCUCAAUCGUAACAGGCCGUAUCCACGCCAAGAAGAAUGUGGGCAAUGACUAUCGUGUUCUUCCGGCUCUGCCUGAGUCCACCGGCCCUAACAUUAAGCACUUGUUGACUAAGGACUUCUACAAGGAACUUCGACUUAGAGGCUACCAAUACAGUGGUUUAUUCCGAGGCGUGUUGGGCUGCAACGUCGAAGGUACACGAGGUCGUCUCUCUUGGAACAACAACUGGGUUACUUUCAUGGAUUGCAUGCUCCAAAUGAUGAUCAUUGGUAACGACACUCGUGGUCUCUUCGUUCCGACUAGAAUUGAGAAGCUUUGUAUUGAUGCGAAUAUGCAUUACAACGCUAUCUCUAACAUGAAUCCCGAGUCAACACGACAUUCUUUCGAAAUCCGUGUGUACCCAGAUGUUAAAGUCAUCAGGUGUGGUGGCGUAGAGAUACGUGGUCUCCACGCUACACCAAUUUCUAGGAGGCUUCCACUUGGUGUACCUGUUUUAGAGAAAAAUGAAUUCCUUCCAAACUUCGGAAAGGAAAAAGUUACGAUCGAAGAUGUGCUCCGCGCUAACAUCCAACUCAUCUUAGAAAAUAUCCAAACCUACAAAGUAAAGAGCAUCGAGUUAAUAGACGAAGAAUAUAAAACGCAUGGUCUUGAACCUGUUAUUGAGAAAGUUGGCGAAGCACUUGGAGAUUUACCAUUGGUACAAGCUGAACUUUUAGUCCUGACUGAAGAGCAACUAGAUAUGCCUUCAACCAUAACUGUAGAAAAUAAGAAAAUGGCUGGUGAAUCCAACACAGUAAUCUUCGUUGGUUGUAAUAUAUUAAAGAGGCCUGAUGUCCUGCAACAAGCUUUAGGAACGCUCCGUGAUAAAUGCUUUAUCAUCAGUCGGGAAAAGGAACGUCCUAACCCUAAAGACUUUUCAGGCAAGCUAGACAUAAUUACCAUCCAGGACACUGGCGUAGAAUACAUUACAAUGUUCAGAAAGCGCGUUGGUGCUAAACCAGCUAAGUUCAUAAAAGUAGUCGCAGCUGAUCAGACAUAUUCCUGGAUUAAUAAAGUUAAAGAAGAGCUCAAGGAGGGGCAAAAAGUAGUACUGUACACUCAAGAUGAACACAUUAAUGGAUUGUUAGGUUUGGUCAAUUGUCUAAGGAAGGAACCUGGUGGUGAAGCUGUUUACGGUUUUCUAAUUGCUGACCCAUCCGCGCCGCCUUUCAAUCCUGAUUUAGAAAUUUAUGAGGAACAGUUGGACAAGGAUUUGGCCCUUAACGUUUAUCAAAAUGGCCAAUGGGGUACCUACCGCCAUUUCCUCCUCGGGGACUUGGAUACAGUGAAAGCUAUCCAUGGCUUUGUUAACACUACUACAAUUGGCGACCUGUCAAGUUUGAGCUGGCUUGAGGGACCGAUCCGGCAGGACCACGUUUUCAAGGACAAGGAAAGGAUUCUCAUUCAUGUAUACUGUGCAGCGUUGAAUUUCCGUGAUGUUAUGACUGCAACUGGUCGAGUGACGGUGGAUGCGGUCGCCACUGGACGAUUGGCGCAGGAGUGCGUACAAGGUUUUGAGAUCGUCGGAAGAACACCUAAUGGCUCCAGAGUGAUGGCUAUGGUACGGAACAGGGGUAUGGCGAACAUCGUUGAAGGUGACAGAGCUCUAAUGUGGGCAAUUCCUGAUGAGUGGUCAUUUAUCGAGGCUGCCACUGUGCCGGUUGCUUACGGAACUGUUUACUAUGCCAUGAUGAUGGUAGGUCAACUACAGCGAGGUGAAUCGAUUCUGAUCCAUGCGGGCUCCGGAGGUGUUGGCCAGGCUGCCAUCAACGUGGCUUUCCAUUACGGAUGUGAGGUGUUCACCACUGUCGGAACAGCCGAGAAGAGAGCUUUCAUAAAGAAAUUGUUCCCGCAACUUAAAGACAGCCAUAUCGGGAACUCUCGUGACACGUCUUUCGAAGAUAUGGUUCGCAGAGAAACCAAGGGCAAAGGUGUCGACUUGGUCCUCAACUCUUUGUCAGACGACAAACUGCAGGCUUCCGUAAGAUGUCUUACAUACCGCGGUCGCUUCCUCGAGAUUGGCAAAUUUGACAUCAGUAACAACACACCUAUCGGCAUGUACUUCCUCUUGAAAGAAACCUCCUUCCACGGCAUUAUGUUGGAUUACAUUUUCAACCAGAGCUGGUCCUUUAGAAAGAGGCUACAAGAUCUUUUACUUUCUGGCAUUGAAAGCGGAGCAGUGCGUCCACUUACAUACUGCACAUUUGAAAAACAUGAAGUCCUACAUGCUUUUAGAUACAUGGCUGCUGGAAAACACAUUGGCAAGGUGAUCGUGAAAAUCCGUGACGAAGAACGCACUACCCUUCCUGUGAAACCAACCUUCGAGCGUGUUAACUGUAUACCUAGGUACAACUGUCACGAAGAGCACGUGUUCAUCAUAGUAGGUGGCCUGGGAGGCUUCGGACUUGAGCUAGCCGACUGGCUCAUCUUGAGAGAUGCCAGGAAGCUUGUACUAACGUCUAGACGAGGAGUCACCAAUGGAUACCAGUCCUCCAGACUUAGGACAUGGGCAUCAUACGGCGCUGAUGUCCGCAUUUCAACAGACGACAUCACAACAGAAGAAGGUUGCGAAAAAAUGCUGAAGUUAGCCAACUCCAUGGGACAAGUCGACGCCAUCUUCAAUCUGGCUGUCAUCCUAAAAGAUUCCAUUUUCGAAAAUCAGACACCUGAGACAUUCCAGAUAUCAUUCGGGCCAAAGGCGUUGGCAACUAUGAAUUUGGACAAAUUAUCGAAGAAAUUAUGUCCUAACCUCAAGGACUUUGUAGUCUUCUCAUCAGUAUCUUGUGGUCGUGGUAACGCUGGGCAGACGAAUUACGGUUUUUCGAACUCCGUCAUGGAAAGAAUUUGCGAAUGGAGAAAGAAACUUGGUUUACCUGCUUUGGCUAUUCAGUGGGGAGCUAUUGGCGAUGUUGGUCUAGUAGCCGAUAUGCAAGAUGACGACGUUCAACUGGAGAUAGGUGGUACUCUCCAGCAAAGGAUCUCCUCGUGUCUCCUAUCUCUUGACAAAUUUAUGAAACAAGAUGCUCCUGUCGUGUCUUCUAUCGUCGUAGCGGAAAAGAAAGCUGGAGGAACUGGUUGUGGAAACAUUGUAGACGCAGUUGCUCAGAUUAUGGGUAUCAAGGAUCUGAAGACAGUAUCACAGCAGGUAUCUCUGGCUGAAUUGGGUAUGGACAGUAUGAUGGCUGUGGAAAUAAAACAGACCCUUGAAAGAGAGUUCGAAAUCUUCCUGACAGCGCAAGAUAUUCGUACCCUUACCUUUGCUAGGUUGGUAGAGCUAACAGCGCAACGUGAGGCCGCAGCAUCCACAUCAGCGACGGCACGCCCGGCGGCUGAUGGAACUGCUGGCUUCAGGGUUCUCCUUAGAAACUUCGGCGACGAGAAAACUGCCUCUGAACCUGUAAUCUACAUGCCAACUAUGGUCAGCGAUGGAUCUGAGGGUGAAGAAGCAAUUCAUGAUAUGGAAAACACUUUAUUCGUUUUACCUGGUCUGGAAGGAUGUGCCUCAGGUCUGGAGCCUUUAUGUCGCAGGCUUAAGACCAAGGUCUGCGGAUUGCAAUUCGCUACGGAACGUAACGGUGAGGACCUUGCAGCAAUGACCGACGCACUCUAUGAGUCUGUACGAACGAGAAUUGCACCAGGUGCACCAUUCAAGAUACUUGGCUACAGUUUUGGAGUCGUACUUACGCUGGAGCUUGCCUCAAGAUUAGAAAAAGAAGGGCACAAGGGCGUAGUUUUUUGUAUUGACGGCGCUCCGGAAUUCCUCUACGCCCUGUUAACAAUGACAGUAAGCCAUAAGGAUGAAAAGCAACUUCAAAACGGUCUCCUUUGUCAAACGAUGGAAAUUAUUGCUCCAAAUAAUGACGCCACCAAAGAUUUAAUGAACAUUCUUGCCGACAUUGAUUCAUUCGACGAUAGAAUUGACGCUGCAAUCAAAGCAUGUCCUGUACAAUCUAAAUACAGCCCCAAGUUCAUCAAAAACAUUGCUAAUGCCAGUUACAAUAGACUUAGAGUUCUUCUCGACUAUGACUUCAAGAAUAUUAAGAAACUUGAGUCUUCUAUCGUUCUUUUGCGUCCUAAAGAAACCCCUGGCUACGUUGUCAUCGAAGAGAAUUAUGGUUUGGACAAAUUUACUGAUAAUCUAACUGUACACUUCUUGGAAGGUAACCACGUUAGUAUCAUAGAUAAUAAGGAUUGUGCUAAUAUUAUAAACAGAGCACUUGUCGAGAAAGAUGAUCAAGAAGGUAAAGGUGCUCAAAAUUUAGUAACUAGCAUGGUUGAAACGCAGAGAGAGUUAAAAGCGUAAUAGGGUCAUAGGUACUUAAAAUAAAAAUGGAUAUAAAUUACUUUGCUAAUCCGAGAACCCGGUGAAAAUGCAAAAUGGCUGCGCUUGUGUUGAUUAUUGAACUAAUAUAUAAUUUCCUCACCUUCACUUCAAAUUAAAUUAAAAAACAACAUAAACGCAUUUUUAUAAUACGAAGUGACAGGAACAAGUCAUGCGCCUGGUGGUAAGCGACACGCCUGUAUCCCACCCACUCAGAGCUUCAAAUCGCAAAGAUCUUAGGGGCACUUAAACUGCGCCCGUCACUCCGAGACCUUAUUUGUUCUCUACUGAGACAAGUUGACAAGUCCCAUGUGCCUGUAAUUUCACCAACACCCUUACCCUUCUAAACCUGAACGCAGUAAUGCUCACAUUACUGCUUGGCGGCAGAAAUAGGUAAGGUGGCAGUACUUUCCUGGACGAACUCUUUCACAUGGAGCUCUACUGUAAUUAAUUGCAUGAAAAAAAUAUUCAACAAAAGCCAGUUAUUUUAUUCGAACCUUCCCAGGGUUGGCACAAUAGCAAAUUAGUUUACUUCCGUUUUUAUUAACAUGGAUUCCCACAAAGUACAUCUUUAUGUUUCUUUCUUCUUCUUCGUGUAUCUAUUCUCCAUUUAAUAUUUGGGAUUUAUAUUUCCGACUUUUUCAAUGCGGUUUUUCAAUUGUAUUUUUACAUGUGGUAACAGUGUAUACUUGUAUAGAUUCCCUUUUUAACGCAUUUUAUUAAAUUCUUUAACUGUAAUUCCGUACUUCUUUAGAAUAAGUGGCCGUACUUAUUUAAACUUAUUUAUUUUAUAGUGAUUAGUAAGUUAUGAUUAAAGAUUAAGGAUUAAUUGUUUUUAAUUUUAACUUUGACUGUCCAACGCACACCAGUACCAAAUAAAAUAUUCAUUAAGCGUAGCUUCGUUUUUAAUUAUGUACUGUUUUUAUUAAAUAUUGCUUAUUUGGUAUAUGGUAUUUUAUUGUGUUUGUUAUUUGGUACCAAGGUUGUAUGAUCUAUGUUUCAUGUAAAAUUUAUAA